UGCUUUGCUAAGCAGUCUUAUAGUGUCACUUGCAACGAACGGCCCAAAGUAUUUUCGAAAUGACAACUAAUUUUUAUAAACAUUAAAUAUUUUUUUUUCUCCUAGUGAAAAUAAGUGCAAAUAUUUAAAAAAAAAAAUUAAAUUUUUUAUAUUAACUAAAAUAUAAAAAAAAAUAUAUAAAAUAUAUUUUUAUAUUAACUAAAAUAAAUAAAAAAAAAAUUAAAUUUUAUAAAUAUCGAAUUUUUCUAAUUAAAACUUUUAUAUGCAUAAAAAAAUUUCUAAUUACAAAUUUUGUAUACAAAUAAAAAAUUUUCUAAUUUAAUAUUUCAUAUACAUUAAAAAAUAUGAUUUAAAAAUUUUAUAUUAAUUAAAAAGUUUUUUAAAGUUUUAUAAAUUUUUUUUGAAAAAAAGUGAAUAUGUUUUUAUAAAAAAAAAAAAAAACAGGUUUAGUUUUAAUUUCUGUGUGUGAGUCAAUAUCAUCCGGAUCUCUUUUUAUACAAGAGAGGAAAGGAUAAUUACAAUGUGUCAUGUGCAGUUUAAAAUUCUGUGAAGCGAUACUUGUGAGAAAAAAAAAAGAAAAAGAGAAAUGUGUGAAGUGAAUAAUUAAAAUAUAUAAUCGAAUUUUGAAAUAAAAAAUAGAAUUCAUAAAAAAUUCGACAAUUGGAUUUAAAAAGACAGUUCUAUUUUUGGUUGAUUUAACGUCGAAAUUCUAUCCGUGGGGUACAUAGAAAGAGAAGAAGAACCAUGUGGUCCUGAAAUCGAUCUAGGAUCAAACAUCUCCUACAAAGAGUGCAGCACAUUUAUACAAAAAAGGAAAAAAAAAAAAAAUAAUUUCGGCUAAAAUGGAGGAAUCAUUUAUAAAUAUGGAUACAGCUGCAACGUGGCUACCACAAAUUGCCGAAAGUUUAAAUCCAGGUGAAAUAUCAAGGUUUUCAAAGCCUCUGCGAACUUUUGCAGCUGUAGCCUCAAUUUUGAUUAUGUUAGUGGGUUUACUAGGAAAUUUAUUGACUAUCAUAGCACUCAGCAAAUAUCCCAAAGUACGUAAUGUCGCAGCUGCAUUUAUCAUAAGUUUAUGUGUAGCAGAUUUUAUUUUCUGCCUUCUCGUACUGCCAUUCGAUUCAAUUCGAUUUAUCGACGCAAGUUGGGUUGAGAUAAGAUUCCUUUGCGUUCUUGUACCAUUUCUUCGUUAUGGAAAUGUUGGUGUCAGUCUUCUUCUUGUGGGAGCAAUCACUGUCAAUAGGUAUAUCAUGAUUACUCAUCACAAUAUAUACAACAGAGUGUACAAAAAACACUGGAUAGCCUUGAUGAUAUUGUCCUGUUGGCUUUUUUCUUAUGGAAUGCAAAUCCCCACUUUGGUCGGAGCUUGGGGUAAAUUUGCAUACGACCCCAAUCUCGAAACUUGCUCAAUUAUCAGAGAUGAAAGAGGAUACACAUCUAAAACUUUCCUCUUCAUCACAGGAUUUGUCAUACCAUGCAUAGUAAUCGUAAAAUGUUACGCGAAAAUUUUUUGGGUUGUUCACAGCUCUGAGGCGAGAAUGAGAAAACAUGCAGCUCCGACUGUAAAGUCACCUCACACAGUUGGACGAGACACUCGAGAGAUUAAACAAAAGCGAAGUGAGUGGCGAAUAACAAAAAUGGUACUAGCCAUUUUCUUGAGCUUUGUAGCUUGUUACCUUCCCAUUACGAUCGUAAAAGUCGCUGACGCAGAGGUCAGAUAUCCCGGAUUCCACGUGAUGGGCUAUUUGCUGUUGUACUUUGCCUCCUGUGUAAAUCCGAUAAUCUACGUAAUAAUGAACAAGCAGUAUCGACAGGCCUACGCCGGUGUGAUCAGUUGUUCGAGAAUCAGAGCGACCCUCUCACCCCAUGGAAGCAGUGCUCCAGGGCAAAAUAACUACGGCCAAGAUUAUUCAAAAGACUUCAGUAACACAAUGGUGUCAACUGUAUCAAUUGCCAUGAAUGCUGUGAAAAAUUCUCAAGAAGAUGAACUCUGAGAAUAAAAAGCAAAAGCAGAAUCAAAAUAAUUAAAUUCAGCCAUGAUUUUGUUGCGAUGAAAAAUUAAAUUUAAAUUUUUCUAUACAAGAAUUUUCGAAUUUUAUUUACUGGAAAAAUAAUUUUAAUAAAAAAAAAAAAAAAAAAUUAUUUGAAUCGCCUAUAGACAAUUCAUGAACAA